AUGCACCGAUCCUUCAUCGAUGACAAUGGCAACCCUUUUGACGACGGUGACGACGACGAUUUGGGUCGAGAUGACUACUUCGACCCAGUGAAAGCGGUCGUGGCUGGCGUAUCGCGAGAGGAAGAGGACGAACAGAUGUAUCCCCUCCCCGGCGGACGACGUGGUCAGGGGGACUUUUCACCUCCAAAAUAUUUCAUUAAUGCUGCCGAACUCUCGGAAGAAGAAUUUCAGCAGCAUCAGCAGCAGCAGAACGAGAACCAGAACUCGUCUCAGAUUCCUGUCCUGGUGAAAGUGGGGGGUGAAAGUAAUAAUAAAUUGACGAGUGAAAGUGGUGGUGGUAAAAAAUCGUCCAUAAUUCCACGUCCCAGGUCACGCGUGCCAGUCUCAAAAAGUUAUCCGGACAUUGUGCAGACCACGUUGAACAACGAUUUCAAAGGGUUUGACGAAAGGAAGCCGAACAGCACGGGGGCCGCGGGGGUGAUGGCGUCGCAGGAUAAUAAUGAUGUGGACGUGGUGGCAGACUCUUUGGAGAAUUUGAGUGUUCAACCGGAAGUGAAAGUUAAGAAGGAAAUGGAGGCGGAGGAGGAGGAAAAGGUGCCGAUUCCUCCAGGAGGUGGAGGUCAAGCGCUUGGUGGUGGCAUCAUGGCGUCCUCCGCGUUCAUGACGGAGUCUCAAAUGGGCGGAAUCCUGGGGGAGAAGCCUCCCGAAGCGUGGGUUAUCGACUUAAAUUCGCUAUCCUUACAGUCCACGGAUGUUUUGGAGUCGCAAACUCGAGACCGAAGUGAGAGCAUGUCGAACUCUUUGGUGUUCUUUGUGAAUGUGGGGGAUGACGAGGGGAUUAGUGGCAGUGUGACGUCCAGGAUGAGUGGGAGUGGGCAGGAGAAGAAGAUUUUCAACAUGUUUGUCGACAUUAAAGAAGGGGAUGGCAAUAAUGCAACGUUGAAACAGCAUCAUCAGGGUCAGCACAGGUCUCAAAUUCCGAAAAAGAACUCCACCGGUCAAGGAGGCAUUGUGAACAAGGCCGUUUUCAACGUGAUGGAAACCUCGACUUCUUCUUCGGCCAGUGGAAAAUCUACUUCUGCUGCCGGGAGGAAAUUUCCGUCCCCAAUUUUCAACCAUAAAACAGCCCGACAGUUGGCAAGGGCAGAGUGGGAGAAGGAAAAGGAAAAACUCUUCUUCGACUCGUUGGACCCACAAGUGAUCAGUAUGCAAAUUGCGGCGCAAGAGGCGGCUGCUUUGGGGGACAGCACGAUUAGCAACAGGUCAAGUUUGCAUGUCGCCAAUGUGUUGGACUCGUCCUUCUCGAGCAGCAUUAUCAGUUCGAUGGAAACGCAAGGAGAAGAGGUCGAGAUUUGUUCGGGUGGAGCCUGUUUUAAACUUCAGCUCGACCUGACGCGCAUGUUUCAGGAGGGAAUCAACACGGACGUCAUUAUUUCAGUGAAUGGGAAGUGGAUCCGCGCCCAUAAAUGUAUCCUAGCCUCCAGAUCGCAGUACUUUGCCGCUAUUCUGAGCGGACAUUGGGUGGAGAAGGCAGGAAACACAAUCAAUCUGGAUGGAUUUUCCUACUCGACGGUGCAAUUCGCCUUGUACCACAUUUACUCUGGGACGAACGAGAUUCCGGAUACGAUCGACUUGCUGGAGCUGGCCACGCUGACGGACCUCUUGGGACUCGAGGGGCUCAGGGAGAACAUUAGUCAAACUUUUCGUGUCAAAUUCUGCCACAACUUUCACCGACCGUGUACUGGAUGCAUAACCGGAGUUUUGGAAUGCUUCCCCAUUGCGGCGACUUAUGGGAUGGACGACCUUCACAGAAAAAUGAUUAAAUGGAUUUGCAAACAUUUCGUGCGAAUUUGGCCCACGAAAGGAUUCGCAAGUUUGGGAGAGGACUUGAAAGAUAAAUGCUUAAAGUAUAGCGUUAAUCAUUUGAGUGUGGACAACAUUUUAGACCACACUUUGGGAUGCGACCAACUCACAACGACGAUGCCAUCCCUGAGAUGGACAGAAACAAUAUUCAAUCUUGUCAACCAAUUGGGAGACGAAUGUGUCCAAUUUCUGGGUGAACAUUUGAGCGACGUUCUUCAAAGUGAAAAGUUUUUGCAAUUCGGGAAAGGUCAAGCAUGGAAUAUUUCGAGAAUUGAGGACACGUUUCUCGAGAGUAUGACGCUGCUACGGCCGGAUAUGGCGUGCCGAACGCACACAGCUCUCGAGAGGCUUAUCGACCUCGGGACGGAAACAAUUGACGAUGUCGAGUGGUCCACGAGUUUUGUCGAUUUUCUGAAAAGUUUGCGGUCCGAGGUGGAGAAAUUUUUAUUUGCCAACGCAUCGAAGGCCGUACUUUCAAAGGGAUGGGAGGAGCUGGGGGCUGGAUUUCGGAAAAAGAUUUGCGCCUCGAGUUUCGUCGGGUAUGACAAAUUUGGGAACAAGGUGGUCAAAAACAGUGCAGUGACUGGGGGCCAAGGAACUGGAACUGGGCAAGGAAAAAGGUCAUCUGGAAAUUCUUCAUCUUCAAAGGGAGGAGCGCGCGAUCGCCCUACUUCCUCCGCGACCAAAGUAGCCUCCGUGCGACCCAUGCGACACCGCGGUCGAGAAGAAGAACAAGAACGGGAAGUAGAACGCGCCGAGGUCGAACCCGAAGUUAAGAAACCUGUCCCCACGCCAAGAACGGUGCGAACUUUGUCCUCAUUAGGAAGGUCUGAAUCGAGUAGUGAGGCAAGUCAGAGGUCCUCCGGGGUCAAUGCACCGACAAGAGCGGGGACGGCAAACACCAGAGCAAGCGCCCCAGCAGCGGAGAAGGCUUUUAUCUCGAGCAGAAGAACGUCAACAUCUUCCCCAACGACGAGUAGGACGCCAAACAGGGUUUUGACACCGGGAGCUUCAAACAAGACAUUGUCCACGUUUCCGGUCGCGCCAGAGAGAGCAGUUACUCCAACAGGAAGUAAAAAGAUCAUGUCUGCCAUGGCAAGAAAUCAUGCUCUAGCGCGACAAGCGACUAAACCUCCACCAUCCCCUCCAAAAAAGACCUUUGUGACAAACUCGGCGAAAGCUGCGGCCGUGUCGAAACCGAUUUUAAAUCGGGCUCGCACAUCGAGCGGAAUGACGCCCCCACCAACGACGCAACACCAACAACAAGCCCAGCAAGUGGUCACAUCAAAUAAUACAACAGCCACCAAUCAACGAGCCAUUUCUAAACCGGAAACGGGACGUUUGACUACGACGACGACAUUCUCAGCGAGAAAUUCUUUCUCUGGAGUGGAGCGACCAAAAACGACGCCAAGCGGAAGAGGCAGAACUGCUGCUACUGGAAAUACUCGGGCAAUAGCUGAACCCAUUUCGAGGCGAACUGCUCCACAAGUGACACCGUCAUCACGUGGGAUUAGUCAGACGACAAAUAAGCGCCCCGUGUCGUCAUCAACAACAUCACGUGGUGGAGGUCGUGUCGCCACCACGGGACGAUCCACAACUUCUUCCGCUUCUGGCCCACGGUCCAUGCCGAAUCAAACGGUUCAAGAUUUCCGCACGUUUUCCGAAUCCUUCCAACCCGACAGUUUGAUCUCAUCUGGCGGUGGUGGUGGCAUGUCACGAUCAACCAUUGUCGAUACCGAGGGCGGUGACGAGGGUGGGAAGAAGACCCGCACUUUGGCCGAAAUUGGGAGAUCGUCCACCUUUUCGAAAGACGAGCCGACCAUUUUAGGCAAGAUGGAGGGGUUUGGAGGGUGUGGUCAGCAGGACGAAAGUGGAGGUGACGAUGGGGACUAUCAAUAUGAGGACGAUUACGAGGAGGAUGAAGAUUAUUAGCAGCCCACUUCCGGUCGAGUGAGAUGUCGAUUAACGUGUCAAUUGUGUAGAUAAUAAAAAUAAAUCAUGUGAGAUUUAAUUUUUGGCUUCAGAAUUAUUCUGCAACUUCCGGUCCAAGAUUGAUACUUAGUCCCUGUCUGUAUUAAUUAAUCGGAAAUAAUUAUUAUUGUGCACGUUUCAUGCUUAUUAUGGUAAAAUUAUGUGGAUGAAUUGAAGGAAUAAAGUCAAAAUUGUGUGAGUUCGUCGCCGAAUCAAA